UCUCCUCGGCGACAUUUCCACCGAUCCGCACGCAACCAGCUCUCUUCCUCCUCCUCCUCCUGCCCUCUCUCUCUCUUUCUCUUUCUCUUUCUCUUUCUCUUCUUUGAACUGCUCACUUUCCUCUUCUUCCUCCUUCCUCUUCGUUCCUCUUCGUUCCUCUUUUGCUCUCGGUGUCGCGAAAGGUGUCGCAUCGUGAUCCGUAGUCGUAGCGGAGAUCAUGUGACGCUUCACGUUUCUCGCGCGUGUGCCCCGAAUCGUUGGCGGUGUUGGGUCGAGAAUGUAGUGAUGCUUGUCAUCGCGGCACCGUCGUCGUUCCGCUUCGUGAACCCGAGGCGUCCAACCUUCCCGUUUCCGCGAUGAGUGCACGCGCCGCUUCGUCGAUUCGUCCACGUUCUUUGGCGAGGAAAAGGAGGAAGAACGACGCUACUGUCGCACGCCACUGACGAGAGACGCUUCGAGCCGACGCGAGGAGGAGGAGAACGUGGCCCUCCUCCCCUCCCCCCCUCUCCCUCUGAUGCUGCUCAUCAUUCAUCCACACUGCCUUCCAACGCGUGCACCAUCCACUAUCGUGACUCGUCUCCACCACGAGGAUUCGAACUUUCUUUCCCUUUACUAUUUAAGUAAUUCCCGUUUUUCUUCCUCUCGAAUCUUGUCGAAGAGAGGAGGAGGAUGGUGGUGUUCAUAUUUCUCUCCACCUUUUUUCAUCACUAUGAUUCUUACGAAAAUUCUUACGAAAGAGAGAUAGACGAAAAAGAAGGAGAAAAGGUGUCGAGAAGGCGCGCACGUGUUGCUCGCUGAAUGUAAAAGCGGCCAUUUACGCGUCGUGUUGUUUCGCGACUCCCGAUUGGACGACGAAAAAGUUACGCGAGAUUGUGCAACGUGCGAAUCGAUAACACUUGUAACGAAACGUCCACGCUGGAUCCACGAUGUGUCGUAUUUUUUUUUUGUGGCCCGCCGAUUCCGUCUGCCGACCUUAACCUUUCGAACGACUCGGAUCUACUCGACGAGAGAGAGAGAGAGAGAGAGAGUCGAACAAAGUUUCACGUCACGGAUAUCAUCAUGUUCUAUUUCUCAUCGAUUUUCAACGCGAUUCUCAAGUGUCUUCUAAAUUAAAGUUUAAGCCAAUGAAAUAGGGAUAUUCGAAGGGACAGCUUCCUAUACUUUGUACGAACGGAGCUUCACGUAAAAACGGUGAACGAAUCAGCACUACGAGACAAAACUUUUAUCUUUCGUUGUAUAGCAAUUAUAUCUACGUGAUAAUCUUUGAAGAAUCGUUCAUUCGACAACUUUUUCUCCACGGUUGGAGAGAAUUUUUGUUUUUCACGGAAAAAAAAGAAAGUGUCGAAUCGGAAACUCAACUUGUUGCGAAGAGAAGAUAGGUGAAGGAGGUGUGUUCCGCGAGUGUGAAUGUGUUUCGUCGCUGGUGUCGCUGUGGGUUCCAACCGACGUACUAUUUCGCGCCUAGUGUGUCGCUCAAUGAUCAAUCGAUCAUUUCGUCUUGCAACCGCAACGUGCUUCAACGAGGAUCGGUACCACCGCUAUACACUACUUCGAUGGAAGUUAAAUCGUGAUCGCUUUGGCGAGAGGGCGAAGGACAAAGAGGAGCAUUGAGUGCUUCGCCGUAGAGCUCGUCGAAGAAGGAGUGCAAGCAAGCACGUGACAUGAGUACCGUGACCCGAGACACUUGUUGCACGGCUGCUGUCCCUUAAAGAGUCUCGUAUACACGGUGUGUUCCUUCAGUGCGACGAGAUUAGUCAACGUUCGAAAUAAAACGCGAGAGAAAGAAGAGAAAAGGAAGAGAUAGGUGUAUGCACGUGUCGUUCGAAUUCUGUUCAAUCUCGCGUUUCCUCGAUACGUACUCGUGGCAUGUCGGUGAUAUAUCUUUUUAGCCAGGCUCGUGAGAAAUCGCGUUUCAUGCUCAAGGAUCUUCCAUUGACGAGCAAAUCGCAAGUGGUAAUCGUGUGAUGCCGUUAAGACGAAUUUUUUUUGUUUCUCGACUACUGAGUGCACGCGUGUUUCGUGGCUCUGUCUAAGAUCGGUAGAUUUCGGUUUCGAGUUUGAUCGCGCGAAAGGGAGGAGGUCGAUCGUAGGAGGAAGGAAGAAAGAACAUGAACGUGAUCGCGCGCUCAGGCCGGUGACACCGGUCGAGGUUGUGUGUGCGUGUGUCUAUCUUCGCUGAUAACUCCCAGUUGGUGGACUCUCACUGAGACGACGGAUAUCUUUGUUCGGUGGAUGUCGUCGGGGUUGUAGAAGGGUGUAUUCGGCGAAGGCAGGAAGCACCGAAGAACCGGAAGGCUGGAUCACCUCCGUGGAAUGUCUUCGGGCGCCAAGCGGCUGGUGCAGUCGCUUCGGGGCCGCAGCGGUGGCGGGAGGGGCGGCAGCGGCGGGCGGGGGGAGGGCGGAGGGGGCGGGGAGGGAAGCGGGGGCGGCGGAGGUGGUGCGAGCACAAGCGCGACCAGAUUGUGCCACUACGACAGCGGUCACGAGCUCGACGAGAUCUCGGUGGUUGGCGCCGCCAUCAGGGGCAGCGAGGGCCUUCCCACCCCCACCACACCCUGCCAUUGCGGCGGCCUCAAGUACGGGAGCGGGCAAACGCUGUACAGUAUAGCCGGUCUGGUGCCCCCUGCGCCCGCUGCACCUGCGCAUGGAGCACAAUCAGGCAUAAUCGCAGGGGGCGGUGGCGGAGGGAGAGAUCGGUACAGCGGUGGUUCCGCUUCCGCUCUGAGCUGUGGUGGCGAGAAGAUUCGAGAGGAUAGGCAGGGAAGAAUGGUGGACGGGAAGACGAGGAUCAGGAGAGAGAGGGAAGAGGACACGAAAAGCGCGGACAACGUGUCGAGGGGCGCUCCCUCGAGGCAGAGUUUGUUGGAGCUGGUCAGCAGUAAAUGCAUGAGCCGCCACACGCCCACGCAUCAUUACUAUCAUCAGCAACAGCAGGUGUACUCGGUGCCACAGAGAUACUUCAGUUCAUCUCGAGACUCGCUUCACGGUGCUUACGUAAACCGAGGGGCAAGCGAGUUCGAUCUAAGUCGAAAACCGAAGAGAAGGGACCAGCUGAGGGGCAGAUUCAAGCUACCGUAUACCGUAACGCUCUCGCGAGAUCAAUCACAUUUGCACACACCGGCAUCUGUCAAUCAUUUGAGCAAUAGCAGCUGCAACGGCACCGAGACGAGGUACACGGUGCAACAGCAACAGCAGCAACGCGGUAGCAGAGGUUACCCGGGUCAAGCGGGGACGAAAGGUUUUCGUACGGGUGCCCCUAAUUGGUCCUUCAUCUUCGAUCCCGCGGGACGUCUCUGUUACUAUUGGUCGAUGGUCGUUUCCCUCGCCUUUCUUUACAACUUCUGGGUCAUCAUCUAUAGGUUCGCCUUUCAAGAAAUAAACGGCGAAACGCGGUGGGUGUGGUUCUGCUUGGACUACUUCUCCGAUUUUUUAUACGUACUGGACAUAGUGUUUCACAUCCGAACCGGAUAUUUGGAGGACGGUGUCUUGCAAACAGACGCGACCAAGCUACGAAAUCAUUAUACGAACAGCACUACGUUUUACAUGGACAUCCUGUGCCUGCUGCCCCUCGAUUUUUUAUACUUAUCUAUAGGAUUCAACAGUAUACUUCGAAGUUUUAGGCUCGUGAAGAUAUAUCGGUUCUGGGCGUUCAUGGACAGAACUGAGCGACACACCAACUAUCCGAAUUUAUUCCGCUCCACCUCCUUGAUACAUUAUUUAUUGGUGAUCUUUCACUGGAACGGGUGCCUCUAUCACAUUAUUUAUAAGAACAACGGGUUCGGAAGUAAGAACUGGGUAUUCAGCGAUUCCGAGACCGCGGACGUGGUAAAACAAUAUUUGCAAAGCUACUACUGGUGCACGCUGGCCCUCACCACCAUCGGUGAUCUUCCCAGACCAAGAAGCAAAGGCGAGUAUUUGUUUGUAAUAGCUCAGCUACUGUUCGGCCUGCUGUUAUUCGCCACGGUGCUCGGACACGUAGCCAACAUCGUAACUUCCGUGAGCGCGGCCAGAAAGGAGUUUCAAGCAAAAUUGGAUGGUGUGAAAACGUACAUGAGGAUGAGAAGAGUGCCGAAGCAUCUUCAGGUGAAGGUGAUCAAAUGGUUUGAUUAUUUAUGGUUGACGCAAAAAUGCUCAGACGAAGAGAAAGCCGUCAGCUGUCUUCCCGACAAACUGAAAGCCGAAAUCGCGAUAAACGUGCACCUGGACACGCUGCGGAGAGUGGAAAUAUUCCAGAACACGGAGGCUGGCUUCUUGUGCGAGCUAGUUCUCAGAUUGCGACCCGUUCUUUUCUCACCUGGCGAUUAUAUUUGUCGCAAAGGUGAGGUAGGGAAGGAGAUGUACAUAGUGAACAGAGGGCGACUACAGGUGGUGGCCGAUAACGGGAAGACAGUUCUCGCUACCCUUAAGGCUGGUUCCUACUUCGGGGAGAUCAGCAUUCUCAAUAUGAGGACUGCAGGUAAAGAGUGCGGUAACCGACGAACAGCCAGUGUACGCUCGGUGGGCUACUCGGACCUUUUCGUCCUUAGUAAGAAGGAUAUGUGGGAUGUAUUAAAGGAGUAUCCUGCGGCUAGGAUCAGACUAGAAGCCAUUGCAGUGAAAAGAUUGGAAAAAUACAAGAGAGCUCCUCUCGAGAAAGCUGCAAUGGGUCGAUGUCAAAGCACGCCAGGACUCGUGGAGUCACGAGGUCGUAUACCAUUGGAGGAGAUGUGGGUUUCGCCUGUGGAUACAAAGUCCACUCACGCGUACUCGACCGGCCACUCGUUGUUCUCCCCCAGCCCGAGUCCUGUGACGUCGCGUGGUUUGGCCAGCACCAACGUCAACGUGAACAACGUUGCGAGAAGCAUGGAUAGUCCGAUGAGUGCCACUAGCAGCGGCCACAGCAGCGAGGAUCAAACCACCAGGGCACCGCAAUCCGCCACACAGCCCUCCACCGGCAGGCAAUCCACCCACUCUGGAAUAACCUGCAACAGCAUGACGCAAUUAGUCGGCGAAGGUGCCACACCACUUUUAGGCACUAAUGAAGCUUUAUUAGCCGAAAUUAAACGUCUUCGAGAACGUCUAGUUUGUUUGGAGUCUGAAAAUGCUGCGAUGAGUGCUAAAUUGAAUCAACAACAAUGGGAAGUAGAAAAUCGAUUGGCCGAAAUCGAGAUGCAGAUUUGCGGUGCUAGCUCGUCUUCCAGUUUAGAAGAUAACAAUGAAAGAAAUCGAGAAAGUAUCAUUUAACAAGAAACAAGGCCGCGAGAGCGCGGCAAAACAAAAAUAGGGCGAAUACGACAUUAUUUGUCUGAAACUACGGAUGAUAGAUAUACAGCAGAUGAUCGAGAAGAAUUUGAAGAAGCUAGAAUCUCUGGAAGAUCUAGUGAUACAAAAUCAAUAGGUAGCCUCAGUCAACAUUUCUUUGAAAGUGACGAAGACGAGAAAUAUU